GGUCGUCGGUCUUAAAAAGGAACAGUGCCAUUUUGGGACAGUCAGGCUCCUCCUCGUUCAGUACCAUGGCAGACGUUCGGGCGCUGUUGAAGGCCAAGCGUCAGGAAGUGCAUAUCUCUCAUCCUCUAGCGUCGUACUCUUCUUCUGGGCAGCUCCGAUGCUCUGCCUGUGGCACUAUUGUUAAGCAUGCUACCGCUUGGGAAGGUCAUUUGGGUAGCAAAUCUCACCGAACAACUGUAGCUCGGCUAAAGGAGGAGGAGAGGAAGAAGGAGGAGGAGGAGGAGUUGAGAUUGAAGGAAGAGGAGGAGAAGAACAAGCUUUCUUUGGGCAAGCGCAAGUCUGCCGAUGAGGACAUGGAUGUGGCAGACGAGCCAGCCGCCAAGAAGUCGAAGCCCAGUACUGCACCGCAAGGAUUUCCUGCUGAUUUCUUUUCGGAUCCCUCCCUUGCGCCUGCACCUACAGCGUACGAAGACGCUUCUGAUGACGGGGAUCAGCCAGAGAAACCGCCAGCUGCAGCACCUCAGAACCCUCCAUCAGGUCUUGACGAGGAAUGGGAACGGUUCCAGCGCGAUGUCAUCAACGCGCCCGAGUACCGCGAGACCUACGAGAAUGCUACUGUGUUCGCGGAGCCAGUCAUGGUGUCGGAGACCCCCGAAGGCUUCCCGGCAAAGGAGACAGAGGCCGAGGUAGCUGACCCUACACCUAUGGAUGAAGAACAGCGUCGCAAACAGAAAGAGCAGGACGAACGCGAGUUAAUCAUGGAUAGACUGCUGGAUGAAGAACAGGCGCAGGAAGAAGCCGACAUGAAGGUAAUUUUGAUGAAGAGCAGACUUGACGCACUGAAAAAAGAACGAGCGGCAGCUAGGGCAUCCAAAAUCAAAGCACAUUCAUGACUGCUUGUUCAGCGACAAUUUUGUAUCUACUUCCUCUUCCUUUUUCUCGCGCACACCUAUCCACUGCAACCAAUCUACACCUCGCUUGUGUAUCAUCAUCAGACCCAAUAUCAGCGGCAAGUACCACAGACUGUGUCGGAAAACAAUUCUUGCUUGCUUCUCUCCACCCUGUUUUUCCCACCACUUCCAUGCAGCUUGUACACAUACGAGGUUUAGGGGCAGCGACGUCAACGUAAAGGUCCAUGUUGUAAGACCGGAGAGAGGAACGGCGAUUGAGCAUAUAAGGGUUAGAAGUAUGGCGUGGCGCAAGGCAACGAGAGCAUUCUUUUGAGGGUCGAGUACAGAUAGCAUUCGGUAGCAUGCCUGUGCGUAUGAACCUCGGACAAAAUAUGACAGCGAAUUGAAAUGCGGAAAUUG